AUGGCAUUACCAAGACACCUCAAGAACGGACUGACGCCCCUGGAAAUCGAGUUCCUGGCCGAGAAUGAGCUCAUCGAGAUCGAGGCCGCCAUCGACACCCGGACAGAUCUCGAAUUGCUCUCGGGAACACUACCAGCAUUAAAACCGUUGCGAACAAACAAGGUCCCGCUCUGGAUGGCCAUCUCACUCAAAAAGAAGCAUAAAUGCAACAUUCGCGUCCCUGCCUGGAUGACCGUCGAGGCGUUGACAAGGACGUUGAAGGAGGAGGAGACGAAUGACGUGCGGUUCAGUUAUAUGCCGUAUCACUAUAUGGAGAUCGCGCAGCUGUUGUUAGAAAACGCAAUGGAUGAUAUCCCGUCAGCAGACGCUACGAGGACACUGCUGAAGGACCUGCGAGAGGCUAGACAAAGUAAAGCCCGUCAGGGUGUGCACUCAUUAGGAGAAAGUUAUCUUCAGAUGGAUAACAUCGGGCUGAUGGAAAUUAACGAGAUCCGACCCUUCUUCACCAAGGCGUUCUUUGAGAUCCAAAAACUGAGACCUGCAGUAGCAGGAAACCCCAACAACGACAACCCCUAUGACUAUGAUCACUACGGGAACAGCAGCCUCAGCAUGGAUGGGCGGUACGGCGGCGCCAACGCGACGGAUUUUGACGGCAAGGCAUCGUACUCCAGUUCUACUAUUCCCGAGUCGUCUCGCCGAUUCCAAUCGACGCAAGGGUCGCGAAUGAAUUAA